CGGCGGCUCGGCCGGGUCGGUGGAAGGGCCCCCCGGGCAGGGAAGGGUCGGUCGUGCGGAAGAAGGCGGCAGCGGGAUGCGGAAUUGUGAGUACCUGUGACACAAACCACAUCGUGCAAUCAUUGCUGUGCUGAAGCACUAAAUUUUUCUGAAGUUACUCCUGCUGUUACUGGAUCUGCACAUGAUCACUGUUCACGCCGUGGGUGAAUUAGUAAUCAAGAAGCAUGAAGCAUGGUGGGAGUACUUCUUAACAGAAAAUCAGSAAUCUGUGGCACAACUGCACUUUGUUGAAAAUUGUGGAAAAUUCUCUAGCGCUUUUAUUUUGUGAUUAAAUUCAAGACAUGGGGCCUAUGAAAUAUAAAYCAAGUAUGUCCUCAAUGUCCUGUGGUCUGCAGUAUCACCAUUCACUGAUGAAGUGGAAUCCAAAAGUGAAUUUACACAUGGUGAGGACUUACUGCCCCUCAGCGCCCAAGCGRCCCGAAGCCAAGUCUGCCAUGGAAAUGGCCAUGGGUCUCCUUCAUCGAAUCACGGAAUCGGGGACUGUCAUGGGGAAAAACUCCCUCCAAAAAGUGUCUGCAACGUGCAGGAAUUGGUGGGACAGAUACGAAGAAUUUGUUGGAAUUAAUGAAGUUCGAGAGGCUCAGGGAAAGGUGACAGAGGCAGAAAAUGUCUUUAUGAUAGCUCGAGGGAUAGUGCGAGAGGCUCGUGAAAAUGUAGAAGCCCAACAGAUAAAACUGAAGGAAAUUCGGGAUCGCUUAGACAGGGUCUCUCGGGAUGACACCCAGUAUUUAGAACUGGCUACUCUGGAACACAGGUUGCUGCAGGAAGAGAAGAGGUACCGAAUUGCAUAUUUAAAUGCAGAAGAGUCUGAGAGAGAAAAAUUCUCUCUCUUCUCUGCAGCUGUCAGGGAAAGCCAUGAAAAAGAGCGCACAAGAGCUGAAAAAACAAAGAACUGGUCUAUUAUUGGCUCUGUACUGGGAGCCAUUAUAGGUGUUCUUGGCUCCACYUAUGUCAAUCGAGUAAGGCUGCAAGAAUUGAAAGUCUUGGUGCUUGAAGCACAGAAGGGCCCAAUAAAUUUACAAGAAGCCAUCAAAGAACAGGCCUCCAACCAUUACUCGCAGCAGAAAGAUCUCAGUGAUGUCAUAGAAGACCUAAAAAACAUGCUGCAAACAACAGCAUCACGAGGAGUGAAAGAAGGAGCUUUGUUGCCUAGAGAAACCAGGAAUGACUCCAUAAAAAUAGAUUCUCUUUUAAUGCCUUUAAAUGARCAGCUAAACUACAUUAAACAAGUUAGUUCAUGUCUAGGGAGUUUACAACAGCAGUUCAACAGUCUGCAGGAAAGUAUCACGCAGGUGCUGUCUGAGCUGCAGAGUGUCAAACUCGCCAUCCACUCCAGACCUACAGAAAGAGUGAUGCCAAGGCCUUCAGGGGAGGGAAAAGGCCAGGCUGCUGCUGUGAGAGAUGUGAUUUUGGAAUUGUGUGAUACUGAGCGGAGACUGGAAACGCAAAUCAAGAGAAGUUCUAUUUACAGCACUGCAUUGACGUGUGCUAUGUUUGCMAUUACUCUGCCUGUGCUCUAUAUCAUACUGAAAGGGAACUGAUCCCUAAUUUAAUGCCACAACUUACUAGAUUAAUAAAGGUAAACUUGCACUCGUAGUGCCUGGAGUACAAGUCCAAAUAAAGCUGCCUUAGUGUUUCUCAUUGUGCUUUCUCCUGUAUAUUUGAAAAACUUGCAGCGUCUUAGUCCAUUAGUGCUGCAGUCUCCAUGUCAAGUCUCUAUCACACACAGUGCUUUUUAACAAGCAAAGGAAAUGCCGCAGUUUGAUCUGUUGUUUUUGUUCACUAUUUCACUCUUAAUGUCUUGUAUAUCAAGACAAGAGUCCAAAAUGCUCUCUCAGCCCCAAAUUGCAUCCAUGAGGCCCAAAAUGGCCCCCAGCAGCCCCCAAUUUGUGCUUCUGGUUGCUCACAGUGGUCCCAGUUGUCCCCAUCAGGCUUCACUCACCCCGCUGGACCCCAGUUUGCAUCCCCAGUGGCCUCAGUAGCCCAGCACAGGCUCAGAAGUGUAAUCAGGUACAUCCCCUGGGUGCUCUGACCCAGAGAUCCCCUUACCCAGCCCUGAGCCACUCCCUGCAGCCCCCAGCCACCUCCUAGACCCCUUGAGAUUCUGGAGUUCAGACACAUUUAYUGCUGGGACAGAGGUUUAGGGGGCUGACCCAUGGACUGACAAUGUCCCUCCAUCCCCACAGUUCCCCUCUUUCCCAGGUGUGGGCACAAGGAGGAGUCUUCUUCCAGUUGCACAGAGCCAGAACUGAGCUGAGGUGACCCCUCCAAGUUCCUGUGUGCCCCCCAGAGCCAUCAGUGUCCCCCUGUCACCUCCUUCCCCACCCAGGACACCAUGAGGUUCUAAUACAUCUUCACUGCCCUGCACUGCUGGAUGAGCACCUCAGGACGGACCUGGUAUACCAGACUUGAUAUACAGUAAUUUUUUUCGCUCUGAGCUGUAUUUGUUCAAAUUAUUCCUUUGCUCUGUCAUUGAUCUAAAUGUUUCAUGUAUAAUGCUCUAAUUGUUCAUGCACGAAAUGCCAGCAGUUGUUUUACCAAAGAGCCAGAUGAUGAAUUGAAAAUUCUGAAGUUACACUGUAUACUGAAGUUACACUAUACACUGAAUACUGUAACUGAAGUUAUACUUGGUAACCUCUUCCUAGGACCAUUUGUCAYGAAGUAUCCAAAAGCAUUUCAGAAGUUUCGGCUGUCUGUUACUGAUAGCUCCCUGUCCUUCAAGGCUGGCAGGUAGGGAAAGAGGAAAAGUGUUCUGAUACGGAGCUGUGUUAAAUAUGAUAAUGUUUAUUCUGACAACAUAAGCCAAUUAUGCUUUCUCUGCAGACUCCUUAACCCGUMAUUCCCGAGGUAUUUUGUGGUUUUAGUAAUCAUCUAUGGAGCAAUCACUUUCUUGUCUUUGCUAGUAUCUCAUUGGAACUUUCUCCAAGGGUGGGUUGGUUUUUUUGGUUUUUUUUUUCCUAAUUUUGUCCUGCCUAGAAAUUGAAAUACUGCUCUACAUCAGGUGCUUUUAAGCCAGUACAUUAGCAGUAAUAAACACAAACUACUCAAAAAUAAUAUUUGGAAAGAAGCAAAAGGUCCAKCUGCCUGUUUUCCCUGGAAAGAUGAGAAUUGGCUGAUUGAGGCAAAACACUUGUCUGAASAGCUAAACACCAGUAUCUGUGUGUGGCCUCACACAAGGUUUCAGCUAUGGGUCAGAUAAGAAGCAGUUUUCUCCCUGUGCUGGCAGCAGACAGGCAAAUCCCAAGUGGAACUCCUGCUUCAUGAACACUUCUGUGGGACCUUUGCAGGCAAAGGAGUGGUGUGCUCACUUCAUGCUUUAAUGCCUCUGUGUGAGCAACUGGGAAUGAAUCCUGUCUGCUGCACACUCUGCUGUGGUGGGACUUCUUUCUGUUUUAAGAAAGAUUGAGGUUUUGAUUAUAAGCUCCUAAGACUGCAAGAUCUUUAGAAGAGGGACAUAGGAGGCACCCACUGGAUUUGGCAUCACUGGGUGCUAAUGACGGAAUAAAGAAACAAUGUUAGGAAUGAUCUUUGAUGAUUCACUACUGUAAGAGAGAUGAGGGGUGCCAAAAGUGGUUUUGCAAAGCACCACUGCUGAUUUAUACAUUGAUUAUUUGGAGUGUGAAGUGAGUAACAAGCACUUGUCAGGGAAGCAGUUUGAUCUGCUGGCUUGAGAACUGAGAUAAAAAUUCCAAUACACUUAGCUAUGUCAAGAAGUGGGCAUAYAGAUCAACAGGAUUUUCAACUAUAUAAUAUUUCAUUUUCUAAUUUCACAAAUAUUUUUACAAGUUAUAUUUCUUUCAGGUGCUUGAUGAAAAUCAGAGAUAAAUGUGUAGUUUAAAGGAAAAGACUAGUACAAUGGUUCUCUUUGUAAUUUGCCACACGAGUCACUGAGACUUUUGUUCUGGUUUGGGGUUUAGGGUUUUUUCUUCAGUUUAACUGCAUGAUGUUGGCCCCCCUUACUAUGUAACUGGUUGAACUUCUAAUUUGAUAUCACUGAAUAUGUGGAUUAUAUAUAUCAGCAUGUUUUUAAAUGCUGAAGGUUAGGCAGCUAAACUUGAAAGUCAGGGCAGCACUCAGUGAAUUGUACUUGGUGGCAUCAAAAAUAAGAAGAGGUCAGAGACUAAACUUGUAUACAAUAAAUGAGAAUACGA